GCGAUUUAUACUCGUGCGUAGGUCCUACGGCGUAGCAGCGACGGCGUAGGUUCCGCGUCGGUUUUCAUUUAUACUUGUGCGUCGCCGUCCGCGUCGACGUGCAAAGACACGCGAAACCGCUGGUUGGCAGUAAUCACGCGUGUAACCACAGUAGCAGCAGAAGUCGUCACAGAAGAAGAAGCUAAGCAAGUUAACCCACAAACGAAGAAAAAAUAGCAACUUGUUGUGUAUAAUUUGAGAAGACCAGCAAUGAUGUAAGUAAAUAAACAGCGACUUAUGUUGCAGUUUUAGUUAAAUCACUCCUCGACUUGGCUCAUCUUUGUUUUCACCGUCUCAACCGGAAAUACCUAUGACGCAGUUUUUUUUACCUGACGGGAGGGGUUCUGGUGGACCAAUCACAGAGCUUGCGGUCCGCGUAGGUCCGACGCGCUGUUAGGAAUUUUGUGAGGUGCGCGUCAGGCUACGCAGAGCUACGCACAGGCUACGGAUAGCCGCGUAGCACCUACGCACGACUAUAAAUCGCCCUUAACUGUGUGAAUCAUUGACAAGACGCAGAAGAGUACAAGUAAGGCUUGGUAUUCUGUAUUGCACCGAGGCAGUAAUUCAGGUAAUGGCUGAAAAGGCUGUUCCCUCUGUCAUUCUGGAUCACAAUGUAUGGGGCAACUCUGCACAUUAUCCAGGGUCUGACCAGAAUCAUCGUCAUAUUUCUUUGGACCACCAUGUUGCCCCUGAUCAGUCAGACAGAAUAUAUAUGGACUACAAUGCCACGACUCCAGUGGAUCCAGAGGUGGUCAGAGCUAUUACUGAAGCUUUAACUGAUGCGUGGGGAAAUCCCAGCAGUAAUUACCUUCCAGGUCUUAAAGCCAAAGACACUAUUUACCAUUCCAGAGACACCAUUGCAAGAAUGGUCGGGGGAAAUGCAGCAGACAUUAUAUUUACAUCAGGAGGAACUGAGGCAAAUAAUUUGGUGUUUCACACAGCAGUGGAGCAUUUCAGAAAGAGCAUGGCUUCUUCAGAGGAAAGCACACAAAACCAGCAGCUCAAUGGCAGAGGCUCUCUCCCCCAUAUUAUUACUUCCAAUGUCGAGCACGACUCUAUCAAAGUCACUGCUGAACAUUUGUUGAAAGAUGGCAAAGCAGAUGUAACAUUUGUGCCCGUUUCCAAUGUGACUGCACGGGUCGAGGUAGAGGAUAUUAUUGCAGCGAUUUGUCCCACCACCUGCUUUGUAUCAGUUAUGCUGGCCAACAAUGAGACGGGCAUCAUUAUGCCAAUUAAAGACAUUUGUCAGAGGGUAAAGGAAGUAAACAAACAGAGGUCUUUGUCAGCUCCCAGAAUCCUUUUGCACAGUGAUGCAGCCCAGGCUAUUGGAAAGAUUCGAGUGAAUGCACACGAGUUAGGAGUAGACUACCUUACCAUCGUAGGACACAAGGCUGCAGAAUUGGUAAGCCUAAAUCUAGCAGACUAUGAAGCCCAUUUUUUGAAUAUCAGAUUCUACCUGGAGCAGAAGUUGAUUGCUUCCUUUGGAGAGGAUAAGGUUCAUUUUAACAGCCAUUUUCCUGGCUCAGACAUUUUGCCCAACACAUGCAAUGUAUCCAUAUUGGGAAGAGGACUUCAGGGGCGUAGAGUGCUGUCCGCAUGCAGGAGGUUAUUGGCUAGCGUUGGUGCUGCCUGCCACUCAGACAGAGGAGAUCAAGCUUCCCAUGUUCUUCUAAGCUGUGGGAUUCCUUAUGACGUGGCUACCAAUGCCCUGAGGAUCAGCAUGGGCAGAAGUACCUCGCGUGAAGAUGUGGACAUUGUAGUGGAGGACCUGAGAGCCGCUGUAGAGCAACUGCAAAGCAACUGUAAAGAAUGAACUAGCGUUUGACUUCACUCGUUUCACAUAAAACCACAAUCUCAACAGCCGCUGUUUAUUCAUAUCACACAUUUAAGCUAUAUUUUUAUAAACCUGCCGGUGUACAGUACAUUCUCCAAGCUUAUGACAUUCCAGACAACAAUACUUUUAACAAUUGAUUAAAGAUAAAUUACUUUCUGGCGAUCAGGGAUUAAGUAUAGAGAUAAAGGUUAGGAUUCCAAUUUCGAUAGUUUUACACUGCACUGUGAGUGUAUAUUAGUGUAGUUUGUUGUUUGCUUAAAGCCCGAGUUAUAGUCGUGCGUAAGCUCGAUGCCGUAGCUACGCCAUAGGUUAUCUGUAGUCUGUGCAUAGCCUGACAUGCACCUCGCAAAAUGUUUAACAGCGCGUCAGUUCUACACGGACCACAAGGCUGUGAUUGGUCCACCAGAACCCCUCCCGUCAGGUACAAAAAAACUGCGUCAAAGGUAUUUCCAUUUGCGACGGUGAAAACAAUGAUAAGAGAAGUUGAUGAGUGAUUUAACUCAAACUGCAACAAAAGUCGCUGUUUAUUUACUUCCAUCAUUGCUGGUAUUCUCAAAUCAUACACAACAAGUUGCUGUUUCUUCUUCGUUUGUGGGUUAACUUGCCAAACUGCUUCUUCUUUGAAGGCCACGCUGCUACUGUGGUUACACGCGUGGAUACUGCCUACCAGCGGUCUGCCCAUGUGUUUGCACGUCGACGCGGACGACAACGCAAAAGUAUAAAUGAAAACAGAUGCGGAACCUACGCCGUAGGACCUAUGCACAACUAUAACGAGCCCUUAAGGCAGGAGUUGUGGCAUGUGAAGUCAGAUUUAACAAGCGGAUAGUUUGCUUGCUUUAAACUGCUUGCAUAUGACUAUUGGGAAGUCAUGGCCAGUUUAGAGUUCAGGGUUUGUAGGUAUUUGGAGAGAGUUUUACUCUCUUGAUUUUAUAGUAAAUAUACCUAUAUAUUAUCCAAAUUCCCUUUAAGGAAAGUUGCUGCACUUUGCUACCAAU